AACAACACUAUAACUCUACUAAAACAGUACACUAAAAGUCAAGACAGGGAUCAUACAUAAAAUAUGCUUCCUCGAGUUGCUUAUUGGAUUCUUUUCUUUCACAUUUUGCUCUUAACGAGUGGCCAUGCAAGAGCAAUUAGGGACGUGAGUGCGAACCGAGAGCAUUUCCGCAAAAAUUUAAAAGAAGUUAUCGCUAAUAAAUCAGUUCGAUUAUAUUACAAGAUCUUAAAUGAACUUUUUAAAAGACCUGCACCACUUCCUCCCGGCUAUCCAAGUCCUCCAGGUCCUGGUUCUGCAGGUCCAGGAUUACCGGGUAAAGCGGUGCAGUUCGAAAAUUUUGUUCUUGAUUUUGUAGAAUCUUCAUAUAUUGGCUUGUUUACUCCUAAUGAUGUGUAUUUUGGAAAGGCUUAAUCACUCAAAAACCCCUCACCUUUAGACUUUUUUUCAAUUCCACCCUCACGUUGAAAAAUUGUCAAUUUUACCCACUUUUGAAUUUUCCGUUUUCAAUUGUACCCCAAUUUUUUAAUUUGUAUUAAUUUUUUUACUUAAAUGAUGAAAUCAUUCAAUUAACUAAGUCUAGAGAUGAAAUUAAUUCUUUUUUAUUCAAAAAAGUACAAAUAAGUCCUUUACUUUUAAAAACUAACUAAAAACCAUAAUAAAUUAACAUUAGUUUAAAUUCUUAAUUAAUUUAAAUAAAUUUAAAUAAAUUUUAAAAACAUACAAUUCAUAUA